AUGGAAGACGGUAUUGUUGAUGAUCAAGAGUGGCAAGAAGAAGUUGCUGUCCUACGCUCCGAAACUGCUCAGAUUCCUGCAAUUCCUGCAAUUCCUGGGGCGAGUCCUACGACCACUAGACCAUAUGGGAUAGAUAUGGACUUCCAAUUGGCUGGACAACAGAUUCCUGUUCCACAAACAACCAUUCCUCAAGAUAUUAUGACUACUACUUCUGCCGUUGUAAACAAUAUUCCUCUUUACAACGAACAGAUUUUCCAUGGUGCUCCUUCUAAGGGUAUGGGUAGAUUGGAAGAAUUUGAAGACCAAUGUCUGGAAAUGAAAAACGAGAUCAAGGCCCUUAGAGGAAAAGAUCUAUUUGGAAAAGAAGUAAAUGACUUAUGCUUGGUUCCGAAUGUCAGAGUUCCGGCCAAGUUCAGACUCCUAGAAUUUGAGAAGUAUAAACGGAACUCCUUUCCUCACAGUCAUCUGAUUAUGUAUGUAAGGAAAAUGUCCAUGCACACUGAAGAUCAAUGCCUGCUGAUUCAUUACUUUCAAGAUAGCUUAUCUGGAGCUGCUUUGAAAUGGUACAUGAGUUUGGAUAGUACUCACAUCCGUACAUUCCAUGACCUCGGAGAAGCUUUCAUCAGACAGUCCAAAUACAAUAUUGAUAUGGCACCAGACAGAGAUCAACUCUGUGCUAUGUCCCAAAGAGAGAAAGAGUCCUUCAAAGAGUACCCGCAAAGAUGGCGUGAACUAGCUGCUCAAAGCAUUCCUCCCAUGGAAGAAAAAGAAAUGACCAAGGUGUUCCUUAAGACACUAAGCAAAUUUUAUUAUGAGAAGAUGGUAGCAAGUGCUCCCAAUGACUUUACUGAAAUGGUAAACAUGGGGAUGCGGCUUGAAGAAGGUAUCCAAGAAGGUCACCUAGUCAAAGAAGCCAGUUCAUCACUAUCUAGUGGUGGCGUCAAAAGAUUUGGUAGUAACUUUGCCAAGAAGAAGGAAGAAACUAUUAGUGCCAUCUCAAGAGGAAGAAAAACACGGUAUCAACCACAACAAAUUGCUGUUAUAACUCUAGUUGUUAGCCAAGCUCCGCCUCAGAAUUUGCAGAAGCCUCAGCCUCAACAGCCUCGACAACAGGCUCCUCAACAAAAUCAACAAAGGAAAUAUCCGCCUUUUGAUCCUAUUCCGAUGACUUAUACGGAAUUGCUGCCUUUGCUACUUCAUAAGAAUCUAGUUCAAUUGAGGGAUCCUCCUCCUCCCGCUAAUCCACCAUUUUGA